UUGGCUGCAACUGCCCUAACCCUUCAAUAAUACAACAACACAGUACACCUGAAAAAGAACAGAGUACAAGUUAUUGCACUCUACACUGUUCUGUUAAUUGUGUCUUGAUUUCCAGUUAAUUGGGAUUUCGGCUCAAAACCCAUGUUUAGAUUUGUAGGAAAAAUGGGCAACUUUUGAGUUCCAGCGGUGAGCUUUUCACAGAGAGAGAGAGAGAGAGAGAGAGAGUAGAGAGAAUGAAGUGGAACUGGAAGGCGUGGUGGUGGUGCAUCCGAAGGAACAAUUACUUUCUUGUGAAAUUCGCGGUUUCGAUUCUGCUGGUGGGUCUUUCUUUUAGACUGCUGUUCUCGCAAUCAACAACUGGGUUUUCAAAGGUUGCACAAAAUCCUUUUAUUGAUGAAACAAUGAGCCCAGAAUCCACAUUUGUGAAAGAUUUUGAAGAUAGAGAUCAGAUGCCACCAAAAGUUGGAGACAUGGAUCAGGUGCGACCAGAUUUAGUGGAUUUCUCGGAAGCAAGAGAUCAGAUUCCUAGAACAGAAAAAUGUGAUCUUUUCACUGGGGAUUGGAUCCCAAACCCGGCAGGUCCUGUUUACACUAAUGAGAGCUGCCAGUUCAUUGAGGUUCACCAGAACUGUAUGAAGAAUGGGCGACCGGAUAGCGGGUAUCUUUAUUGGAGGUGGAAUCCUCAUGAUUGUGAGCUUCCUCAAUUUGAUUCAGUGAAAUUUCUGGAGAUGAUGAGGAAUAAGGCGUGGGCAUUGAUCGGUGAUUCUAUAUCUCGGAACCACGUCCAGUCCUUGCUCUGCAUGCUGUCUAAGGUGGAACCAGCUGUUGAAGUUUACCAUGAUGCAGAAUACAGAUCCAGGAGAUGGCACUUCCCCCUUCACAACCUCACUAUCUCGGUCAUUUGGUCCCCAUUCCUAGCAAAAGCUGACAUUUUCGAAAACUACGAUGGUGUUGCAACCUCUGAACUCGAGCUGCAUCUCGACCAACUCGACAAGACAUGGACCGACCUGUAUAACAGCUUGGAUUACGUGAUAUUCUCAAGCGGUAAAUGGUUUAUCAAAACUGCAAUCUACUACGAGAAUGACAAAAUAUUAGGCUGCCACUACUGUCCCAAGAGAAACCUAACAGAGCUUGGUAUUGAUUUCGCCUAUCGCAAAGUCCUCAAAAACUUGUUCGACUUCAUCAUUGCGUCCAAACACAAGGGAAUUAUCUUCUAUAGGACGACCACGCCGGAUCACUUUGAGAACGGCGAAUGGUUCAGCGGCGGGAGUUGCCGGAGAACGACUCCUGUGAAAGAAGGCAAGUUUGAAUUGAAUCAGAUGAUCAAAAUCCUACGUGACAUCGAAUUGGAGGAGUUUGAGAAGGCAGCUACGGAUGCUUCAGAAAAGGGUGUGAAUCUUAAACUUCUUGAUCUCAUGGAGCUUUCAUUACUCAGACCAGAUGGACACCCGGGUCCUUAUAGACACUUUCACCCCUUUGCAAAUGAUAAAAAUGCUAAGGUUAUUAACGAUUGUCUUCAUUGGUGUUUGCCUGGGCCGAUUGACUCAUGGAAUGAUUUGAUCAUGGAGAUGGUAGUGAGUGGUUGAGAGGUUAACCAAUACCAAAUUAUAAUGAUGUUUUGGAGUUUUGGGGAAACAAAGGAUCCGUCCCCUAAAAAUAGUGAAUCAGUUUCUUUGAUGCGGAAGGUUCAUCACGACAUGAGCUUUUGGUGACAUAGCUAUAUUUUUAGUGGGAAUUAUAAUCCUGAACAGAAUGAGGAUAUUGAUUUUGGCAAGAACGUUGCAUGGUUUUCGUGGCUGUCUCACACUGAGGUUUUCGUAUUGGGUUUUAUUCGGUUUGCAUGCAAAUUUGUCAGCAGUUGGAGGAGGAACUGAAGCUAAUGGUAUCCUCUUAUGUUCUAAUGUUGUUGUAAUUGGAGAUUUCCAUAAGAUUGGUUUCAAAUUCCGCGACUUUCGCCAACUGGUACGAUACUUACGAGCCUUGUGAUGUUGUAAAGAGCAGUAAAGGGCUUGCUUUUGUAUGGUAUUAUGAGCAUUGCCCGUUAUGGUAACCCUGGGUCGUGAGUUUUCACAAACUUCUUUUCUUUCAGCUAGUUUUAUCUUGUAGGGUUUGAGCCUUUAAGGGCUUUGCCCCAACUAAUUGUCCUAAAAUUCAGGUAUAACAGCAAUUCCAAAUGUUUAAAUAUAGAAUGUAUUGUAGGGGAUUUGUAUUUCCA